UCUCUCUUUUAUGUCCAAAACAAACAAACCAACCAAACACUCCACUCCCAACAAAAAAACAUGUCUCUCCUCUUCCUCCUCCUCCUCCUCCCCCUCUCUCUCCUCCUCCUCUUCCCCUCUUCUCUCUCCUCCCCCUCCUCCUACCCCUUCAACACUGCUUAUUACAUAGACUGCGGCGGUCCGACGAACUCGACCGACAAAUUCAACACCACAUGGCUCUCCGACCGGUUCUACACGGCCGGUUCGACCGGCCUCGUCUCGGAACCCCUCCUCUUCCAAAACCCCCAGGAAAAGACCCUCCGGUUCUUCCCCAUCGCCUCCGGCAAGAAAAACUGCUACGUCAUCCCGGUCCGGACCGGCCGGUUCUACCUCCGCACCUUCACCGUCUACGACAACUACGACGGCAAGGCCCGAGCUCCGAGCUUCGACAUGUCCGUCGAAGGAACCCUAGUUUUCAGCUGGCGAUGGCCCUGGCCGGAGGACAUUUCUCGCUCCGGCGCUUACUCCGAUCUCUUCGCCUUCAUCUCCGACGGCGAAGCCGAUGUCUGUUUUUACAGCAUUGCCACUGACUCGCCGGUGAUUGGUUCGCUCGAGCUCGUCCAGAUCGAUCCGGACUCGUACGAUGCGGCCUCGAUCGGAAACGACUCGGUUUUAGUGAACUACGGUCGGUUGAGUUUCGGCUCGGGCCGGUGGGGGCCAGGGUUCAACAACGACAUCGAUUUGUUCGGCCGAUCCUGGCAGUCCGAUGCCGGAUUUCGGUCUCGGAACUCGGUUGGAGUCAAGCGCGUGUCAGUGGUGAAGAAUGUCAACAAUACGGAUCAGAGUCCGAACUAUUUUCCGAUGAAAUUGUACCAAUCGGCGGUGACGGUGAUUGGAAAUGGUGAAUUGGAGUACGAAAUGCCGGUGGAUGCGAAGAUGGAUUACUUGGUGUGGUUUCAUUUUGCAGAGAUUGAUUCGGGUGUGACGAAAUCGGGGCAGAGAGUGUUUGAUGUGUUGGUAAAUGACAAGAAUGUGAGUAGAGUUGAUAUCUUCAGUGAAGUUGGGAGUUUUUCUGCUUAUAGCUUGCAUUAUACAGUGAAGAAUUUGAGUAGUACUAGUUUGAUUGUCAAGCUUUCCCCUGUUGUUGGUGCACCGAUAAUUUCUGGGCUCGAGAAUUAUGCGAUUGUUCCAGCUGAUCCCUCCACUGUUCCUGACCAAGUGGUUGCUAUGAGAGCUUUGAAAGAGUCACUUCGUGUACCAGAUAGAAUGGGUUGGAAUGGUGACCCUUGUGCUCCUACUAACUGGGAUGCUUGGGAAGGUGUUACUUGCUAUCCCAGUAAGGACAAACUAUCCCUUGUGAUCUCUCAAAUAGAUCUUGGGAGUCGAGGCUUGAAAGGGUAUAUUAGUGACCAGAUUGGUCUUUUAUCAAACUUGGUAAGCUUGAACUUAAGUACGAACUUUUUGGGAGGUACUCUACCCUUGGGCCUGGGUCAAAAGUCUCUUAUAAAGCUGGAUUUGUCGAACAAUCGGUUUACCGGGUCCAUACCAGAUAGUCUUGCUUCUUCAAAUUUGCAGCUUGUGCUAUUGAAUGACAACUUACUGGAAGGACGAGUACCAGAAGAACUUUAUUCAGUUGGUGUCCAUGGUGGAUCUAUUGAUCUCCAUGGCAAUAAAGGCUUGUGUGGUGUACCUUCUUUGCCAGACUGUCCUCUCUUAUCCACUGGUGGCAAAAUUGCAGUAGGAAUAUCAUCUGUGGUCACAUUUUGCAUUCUUUUGUUAGUGAUAUACAUAUGCUUCAUCCGGAGGGGGCGUAAUGAUUAUGAGUUUGGUUUUCCUCAAGAGUUGAUGGCACUUGCUGCAAAAAGGAACAGAUAUGUUAGGCAGAAAUCACUGAUGGACCUUGAAAUGGAGAGCCAACACGCCAAAGGCUUCAUACCGAAUUUGAACUCAAGUUAAACCAAAUCUUUCCAAAUGGGAAAAAACACAAGAUUUUGAUCGACUUCUACUUGUCACUUCGAUAUAGUUGAUACAAAUCGCACAGGUACAUGAUGUGAGGAAAAAAAAGGUACCACUGCUUCAAAAAGAUGAGACUUUGAGAUUUUUGGCUUUUUCCAACAAUUUGAAUCAAAAUUGGGUCUUGAAAAAACCCACAUUGUUUUGUAGGAUGCAUUGCAUCUCAUUCAUAUAUCACACUGAACAACAAAAGCAUAUACCCUCCAAUGUAUCAUACCGGUUUUUCGGCAUAUGAUGAAUUUAAGAUAUGAAAUCAAAUUUCAGUGCAUAUAGACAGUAAAUACCCAGCAUUGGUAGUACCGGGGUGGUCCCGGGAACAUUUUCACUGCAUGAUCAUGCAUAUGGUCUGGCAGAUCCUUAUCUCAAAUGCUUUUCUCUGACAGGUUGAGCUUGGAAAUAGUUAUUUAUUAAUUAAAUAUAUACACUCUGUAUUUCACAUUCUUCUGUAAAACUCUUUGUAAAGUUGUUUAAUAUUAUACCCUUCAUGGCUUGUUCUGUGUUGAGCAUUA